CUCCAGUUUCCUUCUAUAAAAACAUGCUGGUAGGUGGACUGGUUGUGUGUGAUGGACAUGGUGUCAUAUUCUGGGUGUGUUCCCUUAUUCAGGGAGCUACAGCUGAUCUGUCUUCACUGAACAUUACUAUCUAUAGUAGUCUAUGAAGUGCAUCUAGUCUCGCGAGAUUUGAGUCUCGUCUCGUACAAUCUAGGGGCAGUUCCCUGAGCAGCGCGAGAAAUAAAACACUAAGGGCACGCGCGCUCGGGGUGAAGAACAGGCGGUGAUGCUCCGGGUUUAAACAUUCUGACUCGAGUCAAGUGAGUUAGAGUUUUACAGAUGGACUCGUGUGAGUUUUGGAUCCCGGCUAUAUGUCGCACCUGUAAAAUAAUCGUGCUGGGAGACGCCGGUGUGGGAAAAACGAGCCUCACUCACCUCUACUGCAGCGGAAAGUUCCCCGAGAAAACCGACUCCACCAUCGGCGUGGACUUCCGAGAGAGACUGCUGCACGUGGGGGGCGAGAAGGUCAAGUUGUGGGACACGGCUGGUCAGGAGCGUUUUCGGAAGUGCAUGGUACAACACUACUACCGCAAUGUACACGCGGUCGUUUUUGUCUACGACGUCACUAACGUGGCUUCAUUCCGCAGUCUGCCCCUCUGGAUGGAGGAGUGUCAGCAACACUUACUUGGACCAGACGUGCCCCGUGUGCUCGUGGCUAACAAGGCUGACUUGGUGACCUUGAGCACAGCCUCGACCAUCGAGCAAGCACGGCACUUAGCUGAGGUCCACUCUAUGCCCUUCUACCUCUUUUCAGCUAAAGGUGGCAGCAGAGAGCAGGUGGAUGCUAUCUUCAGCAAACUGGUACAGCAGAUAAGUAGGCACAGAACAAAAAAAACAGAGGUGGUCAGGUGUAUUAAACUUUGUCCAAAAGCCAACACUGUGGAAGAGAAAAAGGAGAAAGGGAUCUGCAACUGCUGAUGGAGGGAUGACGGGUAAAAUGAGGACAGACUGAAAGUCUUUGGCUGUCUUUUAUUCCAGACUUCUUUUGCACUUCAAGACUGUUAUUUUGCACAUCGUUGUUGAUUUCUCAUCAAGACUCUGAAGUGCAUUCCACCAGAGGAAAAAGAAUUAGCAACAAGGAGAGUGUAGAUGAACUGAUGUCUUUUGCAGUUUGCACAAUCAUUUCAGCCCAAAUCAGUCUAUACGUAUGAUGAAUUAUACUUUGCUACAAAUAUGUGCAUCAGGAUUUUGAUGUCAUUGUACCCUACAAAAACAUUUCAUGUCUGUGGGUGCGGGUGAUGAGGUGUAAAGCUCACAGGACAAAGAAAAGCCAUGAUGUUGAAUACAGGAGGGUGCUGGUUGCUUAUGCGGCAUUGUAUGAUGCUUUGUGGAUACAUCCGUCUUUAGUUGACUGAGUGAGAUCGGUUAAUUAUGUACAAGAGUGAGCGGGUUGGUCAAAUUUGUAGGUCUUAUUUCUGAUUUAAAGCCACUUUCUGAGGGACUUUUUUUGGUAUCCGUUUAGAAAUGCACCACUGCUGUCAUGUCACCUGUUCAAAAUGUUUGCCAUAUUUGUACUUUUAAAGGAAUGUACGCUGACACAUACGUGCAUCAGCAAACAGGAAGGGUCACUCAGAUACAGUCAGUAUUUCCCCUUCAGUGAACUGGCUUUUUCAGCACAAAUGUUGGUUUAAAAAAACAUGUCUGAUUGAUCAGUUGAAAAUUGAGUUGAUUUUAUUUUUAGCCAAAUCAUUGUUGUGAUCUGAAUUAGUUGUAUAAAUGCCAAAUAUCUACUGAUCAUGCUGGACAUCAUAUUGUGUCACUGACCCUUUAAACCUUAAAAAUGAUCUCAGUAUUAAUUAUGCACCAGGUUGUUGCUCAAUAUACUUGUGAGCUUCUAAUAUGUUUAUUUUCUAACACAGAAUGUUUUGUCUUAGUGUCUAAUUGAGUAAUUUAUUCUGAUAUUUCUCACUGAGUCUUCUCACUGAAGUUGAAAUUCUGGACCUUAAACUCAUGAUCAACAUUUCAUUUUAAAUCCAGUUCCUUCUAUCACAUUACAGCUUAAAUAAACAGAUCUAAACAAUUGUGUGUUUCAUUUCAACC